CCUCACCUGAGCACCCAAAAAGAAAGAAAGAAUAUAAAAAAAAAUGGUAGGAAUCCAAGCCAUGCAAAGGCGGGAGAAGCCACUCAGUUCGGCUGCCAUCCUUGCCCUCGCCACUGCCAAUCCAUCCAAUGUGGUCGAGCAAAGCACCUUCACCGACUACUACUUCCGCAUCACCAAUAAUGAAGAUAAUCUAGCUCUCAAAGAGAAAUUCCAACGCAUUUCCACCAAGACAACAGUGAGGAAGAGACAUCUCCAUUUAACGGAAGAAAUACUGAAAGAAAACCCAAACAUGUGUGAAUACAUGGCACCGUCACUGGACGCACGGCAAGAGAUAGCAAUCUCCGUCUUACCUAACCUCGCCAGAGAUGCUGCCGAGAAAGCACUAAAAGAAUGGGGCCGGCCACGAGAUGAAAUCACACACAUGAUCUUCUGCUCUACAACCGGCGCCGACAGCCCGGGAGCUGACUAUAGACUGCUCAAACUCCUAAAUCUCAAACCCAAUGUAAAACGUCUCAUGUUCUACCACCUCGGCUGCUACGCCGGCGGCACCGCUCUCCGUGUGGCCAAAGACAUCGCCGAGAACAACAAGAAUGCACGAGUGCUCGUUGUAUGUGCAGAGAUCACUGUCCAAUGUUUCCGUGGCCCUGAAUUGACCGACAUCCCCAACCUCUGCGCCCAAGCUAUUUUCGGUGACGGUGCAGCCGCAUUGGUCAUUGGAGCUGAUCCGGUCAUCUCUAUGGAAAAACCUUUGUAUGAAAUAGUAUCAGCUAUGCAGGUUAUACUCCCCGACAGCGAAGGCGCUGUCGACGUGCAUUUAAAUGAAGCUGGAUUAACUAUCCAUUCGAGCCCACGAUUGCAAGAUAUCAUAGCAAAGAACUUAGAGCCAAGCUUGGUGGAAGCUUUUGAACCGUUGGGGAUCUCUGACUGGAAUGAAUUGUUCUGGUUGGCUCAUCCAGGAGGGCCGGGAGUGCUGGAUAGAGUGGAGGCCGAGCUUGGGUUGGGGCCGAACAAGCUCGAUGAUUCCAGGUAUGUGCUGAGAGAGUAUGGCAACAUGUCCAGUGCCACCGUGUUGUUUAUUCUGAAUAAGAUGAGAUGCCGGUCGGUGGCGGAGAAGAAGGGGACUACCGGAGAUGGGCUUGAGUUUGGAGUUCUUUGUGGGUUUGGUCCUGGACUCACAGUGGAGAUGGUGGUGCUGCGUAGUGUUCCUAUUUGAUUGAUUAGGAUUUUUUUUUGCAUGGGUGGGCGCUUGCAUUAUUGGAGUCAUUGUGUCUUUUGGUCUGUUGUAGGUGGUCGUCGUGUCUUGAUCAAAUGGGGUUGUGCUUGUAUUUGAUUAGUCCAUGUAUUUGUUCCUUUUUCA